GUGAAUUUAUGACCGAAGACCUAUACUCGUACACAUUCAGGCAAUAAACUACCCGACACAAAGCAAGAUUGCGAUCUUGAAUACGAAACUAGUACAACUAUUCCACGACAAUAGAUUUUCCAUUCAGAUUUGCAUUUAUAACUGAGGCAAAAAUCAAUGCAUCCAAUACAAACGGAUUCCCUUCUUCAGUAUCGCGUGUCUAGAUACUGUUAAUGCCGGGUGCUGUAAUAUGCCAGCGCUCUGGCAAUCGUCUCAGCGACCUAUGUACAUUAGGACUGUGUGGGUUGACGGCUUCCGCCACGCGAUACUAACCCAUGACGAUCCCUGCUACCUCAGAUUGAGCGCAAAACGAAGGCCUUAUUCAACGGCCAGCACGCAGAAGCAUACAAAAUCACGAAACUCACGACUCAGUCCGACCAACGACGAGCUAGAGGACUGCUUGAGAAAAUUGCAGCUAGUCGUCACUGACGAAAGAAAUGUGGAUGAAUCUAGUGUAGAAAAUCUACAGCUAUCAGACGUGAAUGAUUCCGAAGACGAGCUAAGAAAUCCAACACCACCACCAUUAACCGAAGCCGACACAGGACAAUUCGAAAACAUGAAAGCUAUAAGAAGUAACCGCACAGCGAGAACCGAUGUCAAAGAAGACACCGAACUGUGUGACAGAGUUUUACAAUGGCUGGAUUUAGCGGGAAAAGUUGAACUUCUAAAAGACGACAACGUUGAACGAAUGGCCCAGCCACGUCACAGUUGGCCCGAAAUUCAAAAACGUAAUUUACUCAAAUCGAAAACAUCAGCGGAUUUAAAAGCGAGAGAAUCAAAGCAUAUAGAGCAAAAAAGUGGCCCAAUCGAUCGACAUGAUAUUUACGUGACAACAAAUACGAUCGAGAACUACGCACGACAGUCACGAAAUGCAAAAACACGACAGGAUGCCAAAGUGAGGGAGAGAAAGGUCAAAGACGUGAAGGCAAACAUCGCCGAAACUCGAAUGAAAGUGGCAACCGAGAGAAAUGCCGUGGAGAAACAGUAUGCCGAGUUAGUUAGUAAGAAAUUAAUACCGGACAUUGGCAAAGUCAAAAAACAAGUACAUAUAUUUAUGCCCGAAGCUCUACCAAAGCGUCGAUCAUAACAAGCAGAACGCAAAGUCUACUUUCACAGAAACUUUAGUGAGACAGUAAUUUACCAAUAUCUUUUUCAUAUAAAUGUAAUUUGCCAUUUUUUUUUUUAUUAAAAAUUGAAUUUGCGCAUUGUUAUCUAAUAUCAAUGUUCACGAUUUAAAUGUUUUUGCAAUAUAAUGUAU